UCGCCGCAUCUGAAAAGUGUCUUGUUCCACUGAAAGUUAUAAGAUAUAAACCAAAUUUCUUUAAUUUUGAUAAUCAAUUUAACACAAUUAAUAGUUUAGAAAAUUAGUGUUUGUUGUAAUAACAGCCUUUGGUUUGGAUAAAAUAAUGUCUUCCACAUCGAAGCAAAAGGAGCAGAAACUGCUCUCCAUGAUAAAGAAGAACUCCAACGUGCAGUUUCUGUCCGAGUUGCAGAAGAUUACCCCGGACAUGACCGGAAAGGAUCUUACCGAAGAGCAGAAGAUGGCCUUCAUAGCCAUGAUGCGGAUAGCGUGCGACCCCAAGGAUAAGACCUGGUCCAUCCGGAAGAAAAAAUUGGACCGCAAGUGGACGGCUCGGGUCGAAGCGGCAGCCAAAGAGCGGAAGGAGAUGAGAAAACAGCUCACCCGAGAAAGGGUGGUGGAGAAAUCCGUCGAAGGGGAAUCGAAAGAUCGUGUUGAGAUAAAGAAUGAGACCACCACUGCGAGAGAAGUGGUGAAGAAGCGAGAAUCCCUCAAGAUGAAGAUAAAAAGGAUGCGAGCGGAGAGACGAUUUCCAAUGCAGCGGGAAAGGCGAGAGGAUUCCAGUAGGCGGUAUGGGUUUAUUCCGCCAUCACAGAAGAAAGCUGAUAUCGCAGAUUAUCGAGAAGCUUAA